CGACCGGAUGAUGAUUUGGAUUAUUAAUCUUCUUCAAAGGAAUUAGUUAAUCGCUUGCUUUGAUUCACUCUCCUCCCCUUCGCCAUGGUGGUGCGCCUCCGUCGCCAAAUUCGCACCGAGUUACCUGCCAUUUCCGCGUCUUCUUUGCCCAAUUGAUCUCUUCUCUCUUCGCCUUCGCAGCUCCGGCGCCUCGCAAUGGAGCUGCUCCCGCUGCUUCUGCUGGUCAUCCUCGCCGGAUCUGGCGACCCUUCGUCGCCGGUCCGUGCGGCGGUGUCCGAUCUGGCGGGGGACCGCUCGGCGCUGCUGGACUUCAUGGCUCCGCUCCGCCACGAGCCGCGCCUCCAGUGGAGGGCCAACGCGUCGGCCUGCGACUGGGCGGGGGUCACCUGCGACUCCGGCCGCACUGCUGUGCUCGGCCUCCAUCUUCCUGGCGUGGGACUCGUGGGCUCCAUCGCCGACGGUACUCUCGGCCGUCUCUCCAUGCUGCGGGUUCUUUCACUCAGGGCCAACCGGCUCUCGGGUCCCAUCCCCGCCGACCUCGCAAGUCUUACCCAGCUCCGUGGCCUUUUCCUCCAAGGGAAUAUCUUCUCCGGCAGCAUCCCGCCGGGCUUGUCCGGGCUGACGCUUCUCUUCCGGCUCGACCUCUCCAGCAACAAUCUCACCGGUACGGUCCCGUUCGCAGUCAAUAACCUCACCAGGCUCACGGGGCUCUUCCUCGAAAAUAACCGCCUCUCUGGCAAUCUUCCCAGUAUCAGCAUCGCCUCCCUCGACAACUUCAAUGUCUCUCAUAACGAGUUCAAUGGCUCCAUUCCCCCAAGCCUUCAGCGAUUCCCGGCGGCUUCCUUCGAGGGCAAUCUGGGCCUCUGUGGCGCCCCUUUGCUCCCGUGCAAUCCCUUUUUUCCGUCUCCGGCACCUUCCCCCGAGGCCAACGAGGCUCCGACUCAGGGUUCGUCAAAGAGGCUCUCCACGGAAGCCAUAGUCGCGAUCGUCGUGUCUUCCAUUACAGGAUUGUUGUUGCUAAUGUUGUUGCUGCUCGUUCUCUGCGUCGUUCUCCGGAGACGGAGGAAAAGGACCAGCCGCACGAAGGAAAAAUCAGCGAAGGGGUUAGAAUCAGCGACUGUGGCCGCGGCGGCGGGGAGAUCUGGCGAGACAGGCAUAACCUCGUCAUCCAAAGAUGAGAUGAGCGGCAGCGGCGGUACGCUGGUGGAAGCGGCGGAGCGGAACAAACUGGUGUUUGUGAGGAGCGGCGCCGGGUACAGCUUCGACCUAGAGGACCUACUGCGGGCGUCCGCAGAGGUGCUCGGAAAGGGAAGCACGGGGACGUCCUACAAGGCGGUGCUGGAGGAGGGCGCCACUGUGGUGGUGAAGCGCCUCAAAGACGUGUCCGCUGCCAAGCCGGAAUUCGAGUCGCAUUUGCACACCCUCGGCCAGGUGGAGCACCCCAGCCUCCUCGCCCCGCGCGCCUACUACUACUCCAAGGACGAGAAGCUCCUCGUCCUCGACUACCUCCCGGCCGGCAGCCUCUCCUCCCUCCUCCACGGGAAUCGUGGAGCGGGUCGGACGCCGCUGAGCUGGGAGAGACGGAUUCGGGUGGCGCUGGCGGCCGGCCGCGGCCUCUGUCACCUCCACACCUCGGCUCACCUCGUCCACGGCAACGUCAAAGCCUCUAACGUGCUCCUCCGGGCAGACGACGUCGACUCCGCCGUCCUCUCCGACUUCGCCCUCCACCCGAUCUUCAACUCCGGCCCGCGCCACCGGCUGGCCGGCUAUCGGGCGCCGGAGGUGCAGGAGACGCGGCGGCACACCUUUAAGUCCGACGUGUACAGCUUCGGCGUGCUCCUUUUGGAGCUCCUGACAGGGAAGGCGCCGAACCAGGCGUCGCUGGGCGAGGAGGGAAUCGACCUGCCGCGGUGGGUGCAGUCGGUGGUGAGGGAGGAGUGGACGGCGGAGGUGUUCGACGUGGAGCUCAUGCGCUACCCGGACACAGAGGAGGAGAUGGUGCAACUCCUCCAAAUCGCGAUGGCCUGCGUCGCCAACGUGCCGGAUGCGCGGCCAGAUUUACCUGAGGUCGUCCGCUUGAUCGAGCAGAUCGUCAGCCGUACGGAGGGCGAGGAAGGCCUGACGACUUCCCCGGUUGAGGCAGCCAAGGGCGGCGGUGAUGCUGGUGGAGGGAUUGCGCCACCUGCCGCCGGCGCUACGCUCUGAAAUUGUGCAAUUUGUGAUGAAGAAAGAUGCGAUUGUUAAAUUUCCAUUGUUUCAUUUUGUCUGCCGCCUUCAACGAUUGAUCACAUCAAAAACAUGUUCUUUGUCCUAAUCAAUGCAAUUCCAUGGUUUGUGGAAAGGCAAUCGGUUGUUAAUCUAGUAGCAAUAAAUUUAUUUUUUUAAUGAUUCA